CUGGGCGUAGGAAUCUUGUGAUACGUGCGUCAGCUGUCACGGGGAGAGAGAGCUAGUUGACGCACGCGCUUGUGUCUCCAUGCUAGCCGGCGAGUUGUUUAGACACGAAAUAAUCUGCAAUUCUACUCACAGGAAAGAAAGAGAUAUCAACUUGUUACAGGACAGUAUCAAUAUUAAACUGGACCAAGCGGAUUCUGUGACCGAUUCCAGCAGGAAAGGGGCUGUGUACCGCUGAAGAAGGUGUAGGGUUUAGUUAUAAAAUAUUUGGUGUAGGUCAGGUGGUUGUGCCGAAGAGAGAAUAGCAGGUUUCUCGGAUGGAAGCUGGCUAGGGCUAGUUUAUUUCUUGUCAAUUAACAAAAUAGCUAGUUUUACCUCGUCAAACAUACGACGGAUUGCCAGUAGUUGCUGCAUAGCAAAACAUAGCUAGGCCGGGUCGGCCGGUUAGCUACCGAGCUAAUGACAAGAUAGCUUGCUCAAUAGUUAUGUCGAGCAGUUUCACAAAUAAAACGUCUUUGCUAAGCAGCUCUCCACAGAGCCCUGAGAAUAGGGUCUCGUCAGUCGGCAACAACAACAGAGACUGGGACUUGGAAAAAGAUGUAUUUGUAUGCUGCUAUGAAGAGCCUAUUGGCGAAACAAUGCUGGCGGGGAUGCACUCGGUUCAGCCAGGUCUGGACAGGCACAUGCCGCUGCUGCGAGGCCGCCACCGGGUUCCUCCGGACUGUAUGAUACUGGGCCUAGAGGAACCUUACCCCGGCUGUCACAACAACCGGAGUACUCCCGCAGCCUACCUAGACACCGGUUCUCUGGCCUUCAGUGAAAAUGACCGGAACGCCACCCCGGUGUUGGAAAGCAGAAAGAGGACUCGGAGCAGUAGUUCAAGGAACCGGUAUAACGAGGUUGUCACAGAAUUGGGACCCGAAGAAGUCCGGUGGUUUUACAAAGAGGACAAAAAAACGUGGAAGCCUUUCAUUGGACACGACUCUUUGAAAGUUGAGGUCAUGUUUCGUAAUUUAUGCGAACUGAACCCUGGAACGACCAAGCGCCAGGGUUCUUUGGGAAUGGAUGAAGCGUACGAGGAAGAUAAUGCAAGCGGGGUGGAAGCGACAACUGGGGGGUCGAACGGAGUCGAGCGAGCUGGACCAGUGCCGGCGCCGAGAACUACGGUGAAUAGGGACAGGGGUUCGAUGGAGAGAACGGACUCCUCAGACGAAAGAGACCUUGAUUCAAUAAACAUCAACGUAGAGGCUGUAUGUGUCAGGGGUGGGCUGUAUGAGGUGGAUGUCAAAGACAGAGAAUGCUAUCCUGUGUAUUGGAAUCAGCAGGAGAGCAUUCCUGUCAUGAGGGGCCAGUGGUUCAUCGACGGCACCUGGCUCCCAUUGGAGGAGGAGGAGAGUGACCUCAUUGAGGUGGAGCACUUGACCCGUUUCCUUGGGCAGCAAAUGCAGGACAGCUUCGACUCUGACUCUGUGGUGGCCAAAACAGUCGACAGCAAAGAUGUUCUCUCCCACCUGCCCCCUUUCUACCUCCCCUUUCUUUUCAAAUGGAGUGGAUAUCAACCGAGUGCUACAACUAAAUGUCUCAAGCGCAAACGCUGCUCAGCUGUCCACAGUUUGAAAUUGAGUCGGACCCACGUGGACUGGCACAGUGUGGACGAGGUCUACCUCUACAGCGAUGCCACCACCUCCAAGAUCGCCCGCACUGUCACCCAGAAACUGGGCUUCUCCAAAGCCUCCAGCAGUGGUACACGGCUCCACCGGGGCUAUGUGGAGGAGGCCUCCUUGGAGGACAAGCCCCCCCAGACCACACACAUCGUCUUUGUGGUCCACGGCAUUGGACAGAAGAUGGACACAGGACGCAUCAUCAAGAACACUGGCAUGCUAAGGGAGGCAGUAAGGAAGAUGGAGGAGAAGCACUUUUCGGAGCACACAGAGGAGCACGUGGAGUUUCUACCUGUAGAGUGGCGCUCCAAACUGGCACUGGAUGGGGAUACAGUGGACUCCAUCACCCCAGACAAGGUGCGAGGACUGAGAGACCUGCUCAACAGCAGUGCCAUGGACAUCAUGUACUACACCAGCCCCUUGUACAGGGAUGAGAUCACCAAGGGCCUGACGUCAGAGCUGAACCGCCUCUACACCCUGUUCUGCUCCAGGAACCCAGAGUUUGAGGAGAAGGGGGGCAAGGUGUCCAUCGUGUCUCACUCCCUGGGCUGCGUGAUCACCUUUGACAUCAUGACAGGCUGGGACCCGGUGAAGUUCUGUCUGCAGGAGCAUCAGGAUCUGGAGGAGGAGCUGGACCUGAGAUGGGUCUCCUAUGAGGAGAGAUGCCUGCUGGAGCAGCUGCAGCUCACCAGGAACAGGUUACGAGAGCUGGAGGAUCAGCUUCAAGGCCUGGAGGCCUCCAAACCGCUAGCACUCCCUGCUCUUAAAUUUAAGGUGGAGAACUUCUUCUGUAUGGGCUCUCCCUUGGCAGUGUUCCUGGCCCUGAGAGGGAUUAGACCAGGGAACAGUGGAGAACAGGACCACAUUCUGCCUCGCUCCAUCUGCCAGAGGCUAUUCAACAUCUUCCACCCCACGGACCCUGUGGCCUACAGACUGGAGCCCCUUAUCCUUAAACAUUACAGCAACAUUGCACCUGCACAGAUACACUGGUGUAGUGCUAUAGACCCCACGCCGUACGAUGAGAUCCGUCCCACCUUCAUUAACCCGCAGAAGGACCCAACGUCGGACACAGAGAGCAUCCCCAGCCCCUCCACCUCCCCUGUCCUGGCCAGGAAAUACUAUGGAGAGUCUAUUGCCAGCAUGGGCAAGGCCAGCAUACUAGGAGCGGCCAGUAUUGGUAACAGUAUAGGAAAGGGAAUAGGAGGGAUCCUGUUCUCUCGGUUCUCUCGGUCUGCGCCCUCCGGAGUGUCCUGUGCCAUCGAGGCUGGGACCCCAGAGGGGGAGGAGCCGAAGAGGACCGUCGAUAGCCAAUCAGAUUACGGCCUGUCGUCCACCUUGUCCCAGUCCCCCUCCACACUCAUAGACCCCUCAGUGGAAAUGGAGCGCCGCAUCGACUUUGAACUCCGUGAGGGCCUUGUGGAGAGCCGCUAUUGGUCAGCGGUGACCUCUCAUACAGCCUAUUGGGUCUCACACGAUAUUGCGCUCUUCCUACUGACGUUCAUAUACAAGCAGGCCAACGUGCCGCCACCCACAGACAGUCCUGACCCAGAGAUGGAUACACAUUCACCCAAGGGUGACACAUUGGAUUAUGCCCCCCUAAGGGGGGCAGCCUGCCUGUCACUGUGAUGACCAGUCCCCAUGCAUGCUCUGUGAAGCAUGGGGGAUAGUAGAGUCCUCCAUCUAUCCUUCCAGCCGCCAACGAGUAUGUCAGAGACUUCAUUGCACGCUCCCAAAGGCGUCUCCUCUUCCUCUUAAGAUCACAGUCUCUGUCUGAAACUGCUGACCUCUCGGAUGUACCAGUCUCGAACUCCCCCACCAUCUCCAACUCCCCCACCAUCUCCAACU